CAGGGCAGACGUUGCGGUGUGGAAAUUCGCCUGUGAGCGCCAAAGCGGGCGUCUCAUCCGCGGUCCAGAGAUUACGGCUUGGACGCCCACAAAAAGGGCCUCGGCCAAUGUUAGCCAGCGAAAAACGCUGAUUCACCAGUCGACGUCUGUCCAUCAUCGUAGGUCGCCCGCCGGAGUCUCACCAUCUAGAGUGCGCAAUACUGCAAUCUCCGACUGCGAUGGCCCUGCUCGACAGAGUCCCCGGCGAUUCAAAGCUCUACAUUGGCGGGCUGUUCACCCUCCGCCGCCGGGAUGCACUGGAAGAAGCCGGCGUUACUCACGUCCUAUCGGUGCUGCGAUUGCCGCUCGAUCAGCGGCUCUUCGUGCCGUUCAAGCACAUGGUCGUCGAGGUGGACGACGUCGAGGAUGAGAACCUGCUGGAGCACUUCCCGGCCACCAACCAAUUCAUCAAGGAGGGCCUUGACGCCGGUGGCGGCGUCCUUGUGCACUGUGCCAUGGGCAAAUCCCGGUCUGCAACGUGUGUCAUCGCCUACCUGAUGCAACAACACAAUAUUUCCGCCGAAGAAGCUUUAUCCCACCUACGGAAAGCACGCCCUAUUUGUGAGCCGAAUUCGGGAUUCAUGAGCCAAUUGGAGCUCUACGGGAGCAUGAGCACCCCUCAAAAUGUUGAGGAGUCACCAGCAUACCAACGUUGGGUAUUUCAACGAGAGGUUGAGCUGUCCCGGGCGUGUGGACAAGCCCCUGAUGCUGAGAAGAUCAGGUUUGAAGAUGAGCAUGCUUCUCAAGACUCCGUCGACUAUGAGCUACGCUGUCGCAAGUGCAGGCGAACACUGGCGACAUCUCAAUACCUCACCCAGCAUGCGUCUGCAUCCUCAAACUCGGACCCGUCCAAAGCUCGCUCAUGUGCACAUUACUUCCUAGAUCCACUCUCAUGGAUGCGUCCAGAACUGGAACAAGGCAAGGUAGAUGGACGCCUUGAAUGCCCCAAAUGCCACACCAACGUGGGCAAGUACGCGUGGCAAGGCAUGCAAUGCAGUUGUAGCGAGUGGAUCUUACCCGCCAUCAGCCUGUCGAAGAGCCGAAUCGACGAGGUGAAACCACAAUCAUCUGCUGCUACCGGCAUACGACGACCUCCAGGAUCAACCAGCAUGCCACCACGCCGAGGCCCGUCGAAGGAGAGCUUGUAGGACUGCAAGGCAAAGUAUAGAGUAAAUCUUACCGCGUCAAAAGGCCUGGAUGGAUCUUGGAUUCGAGUUCGUUUAUCGAAUGCUUCUCCGAGCCAGGCUAAUUGACCUCGCAGUCAUGUCCUCUCCGGAAGUCGGGG